AUGAAGACAACAUCUACAAGAUCGUUUCCCAUUUUUAACAUAUCUUUGUCUGAUCUCGAACCUUUAAGAAGCAAUUCAUCUUCAUUUUUGAUGGCAUACUCAGUCGGAUCAAGCUCUGCGAACGACAUUGUUGUAGCUACUAGGAAUCGUGAUAAUAACUUGUGUAAUUGUCGUCAUCUUCCAAAGUUCACGGUAGAAAGGAUAUCGAUGUUUGAUAAGAAUCCAGCUCGCAGAUUUCGCAGUUGUGUUGACUCUUUGGUAAGCAUCUUCUUCUUUGGGGUAUGUUGUCUACAAAAUGGAGUUAUGGGUUAUGAAAUCUUGUGCGAUAAUGUUGAGGUGGAGAUGGCAACUAAGAAAUGUAAAUACUUCAAGUCGAUCGAUGGUGACCUAACACCACACUACAAGCAUGCCUUUAACAAUCUCAAGUAUGAGAUGCAACUUAUGAAAGACAACAGUUACACUGGCAGGUUGGAGAGAAGGGUAAUUAUGUUGGAGAACCUGAAUGCUGAAAUCACUACUGCUAAAGACAUUUUAGAUGGUGAGUUUUCCAUUGCGAUUGAAGAUAAGAAACAGUUGAGUGGUUAA